UAGAAUUUCCACUACAUUCUCAAAGUCCUUUCUUGCUAUACUAAUAAGUGAAUUCUGAACAAUGAAGUCUAAGGUUUUUAUUCUCCUUGGUCUUGCUCUUCUUGUUUGUUCAGCUGUUGCAGACGAAGCAGUAUCCAUAGAGGAUUCUCAAAAGAAGACAAAGGAAGAACCGAAGCAAACCAACCAAGGCGGAGGUGGUGGCAGUUACUGUAGAAACCGGUGGUGCUGCGGUGGAUGGGGUCACAAUGGCUGUAAUAGAUACUGUUGUCGAAAUGAAAAUGAAGUUGAGGCAGUACAGGAAAUCAAUGAACCGAAGCAAACUAACCAAGGUGGAGGUGGUGGUGGUUACUGUAGAAACCGGUGGUGCUGCGGAGGCUGGGGCCGCAAUGGCUGUAAUAGAUACUGUUGUCGAAAUGAAAAUGCAGUUGAGGUAGCAGAUGACAUAAAUGAACCAAAGCAACCAAAGCAGGGCGGAGGUGGUGGCGGUUACUGCAGGAACCGGUGGUGCUGCGGUGGAUGGGGCCCCAGAGGCUGUAAUAGAUACUGUUGCCGCUAUGAAAAUGAAGUUGAGGCAGCAGAGGACAUAAAUGAACCGAAUCAACCCAACCAGGGCGGAGGUGGUGGCGGUUACUGCAGGAACCGGUGGUGCUGCGGUGGAUGGGGCCCCAGAGGCUGUAAUAGAUACUGUUGCCGCUAUGCAAAUGAAGCCGAGCUAGCAGAUACUGUUGAUGAAAACAAUAUCCAAGAUGGCGGUUCGGGCAGCGGCCAUGGUGGAGGACACGAUGGAGGCCAUGGUGGUGGCGGUGGUGGACAUGGUGGGGGCCACGGUGGCGGACAUGGCGGCGGGGGCGGCCAUGGAGGAGGUUGCAAACAUGGUUGCUGCGGAGGAUAUGGCAACAAAGGAGGUUGCAGGUGCUGCCCCAAUGCCGAAGAAGCUAAAGCCUUUGAGGAAAAUCAAGCCAAAGCAGAAACCAAGAACUAGAGUUUCUACUUCGUACAAGGAGAAUAAUAUGCCAUGUAACAAUGUACUAUGCUAAAAAAUAAAUUACAUGGUAAUGACAUGUUAUAAUAAAAUGUAGCUGGUCUUUCUUGAAAAAAGACCACAUUAAAAAUCAUAUAUGAAUUUUCUA